CAUCAUAUGCUAUCACAUUCUGUCUGCCUCCCAUCCCAUGUUUUCAACUUGCAUGUGUGGUUUGAAUGUGCAAGCAUUUGUGUGGUGUGUUCUGGAGUUUGGGAAUGUGUUCUGUGUUAUUUUUGUUUGAGCAGGUAUUUGUGAUGAUAGAUCUUGAGAAGAUCUUUCCGACGCAACGAGAAUCCCUUCAAUCGGAGCAAGAAUGCGAAAGCUAUGAAGAUUCAAAGUUCAUGAGCUUGCGUUACAAUUGCGGCGGUUACUAAGUGAAGUUGUGGGGUGAAUUUAUAUGGAGUUGGGACCUUUGGGGUUUGGGAAAUUUGUCACUCUACUGUAACAGCUGCAAAUUGGUUGGGAACAACCAAGCUAGGUUGGCAAGGGUGGCCAACUUGGAUGGAUUGGUUGGGAAGGGACAAAGGUCAAAAUUCUUGAACUUUGAUUGAACUCUUGAGAUUGAGUUAAGUUCUCCUCCUACAGCUUACCCCCUAGUGCGUCGAAAGCCAUAGCGUCGCGAAUACUUCAUCAAUCAACGUGAUUCAAAUUGGGAACGGUAGCUGAGAUCAAGAGCUACAACAUAUCCAAGUUUCGCGACAUUCCAACGGCUAGUGUUUUGUCGACGUCGUUUCUUGUGAAGACGACUUUUCUGUCCAGAAUUUCGGAUUUAUAUUUUGAGUAAUUCUAGCUCCUAAGUUCACCUAGACUCUGUCCUUAAUCCUAACAAGUGGUAUCAGAGCCAUAUUAAGGACAUUGAGAGGAGUCUACAGAAGUGUGAAGACCCUUCUAGACCCACCAUGGCCUGUGGGUGUGCCUAAGUGGUGUUCUAAAGGUUGGAUGUGUCUUCCGCUAAGGGGAAACUCUGCCGAAAUUUCGUGGACGCCGACACUUGUGAAAAUAUCGAGGGAGCUGAGUGUGGACAGCAAAGGGGAGCUGAAAUUCGUCAUUUCUCAAGGAGAAGAUGAAUGAGAGAGGAGGAGAUGCUAAUGGAAGAGGAGCUGUAGCUGAGAAGACAAGUGAGCCGCCGCCAUCAAAAGUUGAAGCUUUGGAUGGCUCCAACUAUGAGGAAUGGAGCGGGCGGAUGAGGAGUGCCUUCAAACGCUACAAGCUACUGAAGAUUGCUGUUGGGGAGGAGAAGAUGCCGGAAGAAGGCGAAGCACGUGAACGGUGGAUUGAGAAAAGCGCGGUGCUUUUCGACCUCAUCCUUCAAUCGGUCAACAAGGAGAUGUUCGAGCACAUCAAGGAUCUUGUGGAAGCGGAUGAUUCGGGUCCAAGGGCGUGGAAACUACUACGUGAUGUGAUUCAGCCCAACACUCUCCCAAUGGUGAUCGUGCUCGAGAAGGAACUUGCUGCCAUCUCCAUGCGACCAGGGGAUGAUGUGAAGCCGGUCCUUGACAAGAUCAAGGACACCUAUGCAACGAUGGCAGCAGCGGGCAGCAGUGUAUCUCAGCUGCAGCAGUGCACCAAGAUCAUCUCGGUUCACAUGACCCCACGGGCAGAUUUGCUUGAUGAGGUAAAACCCCCUGGGAAGAUCAAGUAUGUGGCAGCAGCGUCAGGUGCUUUGCUCCCUGUGAUUGGUGUUGGAAAUGCCAAGGUUAAGGGAGCUAAUGGGGAGCUUGUGGGGCUUGGGAAUGUUCUGCUGGUUGAAGGCUUGUCUGCUAACCUUCUCUCUGUGCGACGACUGCAGAAGAGCAAGGCCGAAGUGACCUUUGGACCAACCAGCUGCCGUGCUAAGCUUGGGAAGAAGGUGCUGUGGAGUCUGGAAGAGGAGACCAGCUGCAUCAAGGACCUGUGGCAGCUGCCCAUCAUCCCAUGGAAUGGGAAGACUCCAACAGCAGCAACGGCAGCAGUGGCAAAGGCAACAGCAGGAGGAGAUGCAACUGCACCAACUGAUGGGGUCCUGGAAGCAGUCAAGAAAGUGCAGCAGCAGCAGACACAUGGUGAGGUGCUUGCUGGUGUGGAUGCGAGUGCGGCAUGGGCUAAGGCUUCAUCAAGGAGUGGAGAGGCCGAUUGGGAGACAUGGCAUGAGAGGCUGUGUCAUGUGAACUUCCCUAUGCUGCAGAAGUUGGUGAAGGAUGGGAGCCUGAAGGGCUUGGAGGUGAAAGGGGGAGUGAAGGAGAUUGGGAGCUGCCCUACAUGCUUGGAGACCAAGUUCUCCAAGUUCCCCUUCAACAGUGCAACAGGACCAGCCAAGACCCCACUUGCACUUGUGCACAUGGAUGUGGUGGGGCCCACAAGAGCCCCUUCCCUCUCAGGCAGCCGCUAUUUCUUGACAAUUGUGGAUGACCACACUCGGGCAGUGUGGGUUUACCCUUUGAACAGCAAGGGGGAGGUGGCAGCGGCUGUCCUUAAGGAGUGGAUGCCUAGAGCUCAGAGGGAAUGCGGACACAAGGUGAAGGUGAUCCGCAGUGACAAUGGUGGGGAGUUCAUUGGAGCUGAUUUUGAGGGGGAGUUGAAGAGGAAGGGGAUCCAGCAUCAACUGACAGUGCCCUACAAUCCGCAGCAGAAUGGCGUGGCUGAGAGGUUCAACAGGACCCUGCAGGAGGGGGCACGCACUCUCCUUGGGCGUGCAGGGCUACCUGAUCCGUUUUGGGUGUCUGCACUGAGGCAGGUCGCCCUUGUGAAGAACAGGGUGCUGGCUACAGUUGGAGAUAAGGAGUGGAUCCCAUAUAUCAAGUGGUAUGGGAGUGCUCCAGCUGUGAACAUGCUGAGGGCAUUUGGGUGCAUGGUAGUGUUUCAUGUGCCUAAGGAGAAAAGAGGGAAGUUGGAGGCUUCUGGAAGAUGGGGUGUGCACUUGGGGAUUGCAAAGGAUCACAAGGGAUGGCUGCUAUGGGACUUGACCACCCAGAAGCUGACAGUGUCAAGGGAUGUGAAGUUUCUUGAGUCCCUGUACUACAAGGAAUGGAAGCAGCAGCAACAGAAGCUUCCAUCUACACCGCUCAUUGUGGAGGCAGAUGAGGUGCAGCAGCCUUCAAGACAGGUGGAGGUUGCAGUGUCAGAGGAGGAGAUGUCUGGGGUGACUGAGGAAGGGGGAGCAGCUGAAGUAGAGCAGCAGCAGCAGCAGCAUGAGUCUCCACCUCGAGUUCCACACCCGCCUGAGCGUCCUAGGAGGGAUGUGCGCCCUCCAGUGAGGCUGACCUAUGGGGGAAGAGGCAAGCCGAAUGUGGUGCAGGCUGGGAGUGUGGUUGAGCAGAUUGAGGAAGAUGAGAUCGCUCACUGCUACUGGGCACCAAUCCCUGAGCCCAAGACUCGAGAAGAGGCCUUGAAUGGACCAAAUGGGGAGAAGUGGAAGGCGAGUGAGGAUGAGGAGUUCGGGUCCCUGAUUGAGAACGAGACAUGGGACCUGUGUGACUUGCCUCCUGGAAAGAAGGCAAUCACUUCCAAGAUGAUCUACAGGCACAAGUAUGGACCUGAAGGGGAGCUGACCCGCUACAAGUCUAGGCUUGUGGCACGGGGGUUUCAGCAGACAAAGGGGAAGGACUAUGAUGAGGUGUUUGCUCCUGUGGGGAAAGGAACAACAUUGAGGGUGCUGUUGGCGAUAGCUGCACUCCUGGGAUGGAAGAUUCGGCAGAUGGACAUUGUGACUGCCUUUCUGAAUGGGAUCAUUCUGGAGGAGGUGUACAUGAAGCAGCCAGAGGGGCUGGAUGAUGGGAGCGGCAGGGUCUGCAGGCUGAAGAAGGCCAUCUAUGGCCUUAAGCAGGCGCCUCGUGCAUGGUAUCACAAGUUGGAGGAGGCGCUGCUGGCUGGGGGUUUCAAGAAGAGUGAGUGUGACCCCAGCCUGUUCCUGCUGCAGGAGAAGGACGAAAUCCUCAUGCUCUUGGUGUAUGUGGAUGAUAUCCUUCUCUUUUCUGCAUCAACUGCUUUGCUGGACAGCGCAGAGCAGAUGCUGGAGAUGCAGUUCAAGUGCUCCAAGAUGGGUGAGGUGAAGUACUACCUGGGGAUGCAUGUGGAGAGAGAUGUGGAGAAGGGUGUGCUGAGGUUGCACCAGAGGAAGUACUGUGAGGGGCUGGCUGAAAAGUAUGGGCUGCAAGAUGGGGGAAAGCCAGCAACACCACUACCUUCAGGGUUUACUGUGGAGCCAUGUGCUGAUGAGGAGGUAGUGGGUGAGAGUGACAGAAAGCUGUUUCAUUCGAUGGUUGGGUCGCUGAAUUAUGCUGCAAAUCAUACACGGCCUGACAUUGCAUUUUCUACAUCACGGUUGGCUAGUGUGGUCUCACGCCCUAGUCAUGAGCAGCUGGAAGCGGCCAAGAGGUUGGUCCGCUAUGUGAGUGCUACGGCAUCAGUGGGAUUGGAGUACAGUGGAGUGAGGCAGCGGUUGCAGAGAGGUGCUGCAGAUGUGAAGAGUGGUGAGAUGCUCUUGAGUUGCUAUACUGACGCUAGCUUCAACUCAGUGAAAGCGGAUGGCACCAGCAUUGGGGGUUAUGUGUGCUUGCUGGGAGGUGGUGCUGUGAGCUGGCGCAGCAAGAAGCAAAAUGAGGUGGGAUUGUCUUCAUGUGAGACUGAGUACAUGGCCUUACACCAUGGGGCCAAGGAAGUGGUAUGGCUGAGGCGUUUGUUAGAGGAGUUGGGAGUUGGUCAGGAGGAGCCGACAGUUGUGUUCUGUGACAAUGAGUCUGCUGUGAAGCUCGCCAAGAAUGCUUGUCUGCAUGGGCUGACAAAACACAUAAGGCCUAAGUGGCACUGGGUGAGGAGACUCCUUGAUAAGGAGGUGCGGCUGGAGAUAGUGAAGACCCAUCAGCAGGCAGCAGAUAUUUUCACCAAGCGUCUGGCGGAGGCGGAUCAUUGGAAGGGCAUGAAGCUUGCUGGGAUGAGUGUGCAUUGAGUAUGCAUGCUUGAGAUGUGGUAUGGUGGAUGAUGGUUGGCAGCCAGAGGGGGAGAUUGUUGUGUGAUGUCAUCAUAUGCUAUCACAUUCUGUCUGCCUCCCAUCCCAUGUUUUCAACUUGCAUGUGUGGUUUGAAUGUGCAAGCAUUUGUGUGGUGUGUUCUGGAGUUUGGGAAUGUGUUCUGUGUUAUUUUUGUUUGAGCAGGUAUUUGUGAUGAUAGAUCUUGAGAAGAUCUUUCCGACGCAACGAGAAUCCCUUCAAUCGGAGCAAGAAUGCGAAAGCUAUGAAGAUUCAAAGUUCAUGAGCUUGCGUUACAAUUGCGGCGGUUACUAAGUGAAGUUGUGGGGUGAAUUUAUAUGGAGUUGGGACCUUUGGGGUUUGGGAAAUUUGUCACUCUACUGUAACAGCUGCAAAUUGGUUGGGAACAACCAAGCUAGGUUGGCAAGGGUGGCCAACUUGGAUGGAUUGGUUGGGAAGGGACAAAGGUCAAAGUUGAGGUUCCUAUAGGGAGGGAAUCUUUGUGCUUAUGGGGUUUCCUUGGUUGGGGACUCUCUUGGGACCUUCCCUCUCAUCCCUCUCUUCCUAUCCCAACCUUUCUCUUGCUCCUUCUAAUUCCUUGUGAGAUUCUUGAACUUUGAUUGAACUCUUGAGA